UCCGUCUCUACACAGAGGAAGCUGCCGGCCGAUCCGACUGCUCCAAACAUGGCUCUCGCUAGUGUGUUAAGAAGUGAUUGUGCGGAUUUUUCUCACGAUUAUCGCCAGCCUUUCGCUCUCAGUUGUGGAAGCGAACAAGGCGGUGUUGAAUAUGAAGCCUCCCCGGGAGACAGCCUCAGUUUUUCGGUCAGAAACCCCGAGCUCGGACCAGACGAGGACGGCGUUGAGAGGAAGAUAGAGUUCCUGCACGGGACGACCACGCUAGCCUUCAAAUUCCAGCAUGGAGUUAUUGUUGCGGUGGACUCUCGAGCCACGGCGGGCGCCUACAUCGCCUCGCAGACGGUGAAGAAGGUGAUCGAGAUCAACCCGUACCUGCUGGGCACCAUGGCCGGAGGAGCCGCCGACUGCAGCUUCUGGGAACGUCUCCUUGCCCGCCAGUGCCGCAUCUAUGAGCUCCGCAACAAGGAGCGCAUCUCGGUGGCCGCAGCCUCCAAGCUGCUCGCCAACAUGGUGUACCAGUACAAGGGCAUGGGACUCAGCAUGGGAACCAUGGUGUGCGGCUGGGACAAGAGAGGUCCAGGGUUGUACUACGUCGACUCGGAGGGGAACCGUGUGUGCGGCGACCUGUUCGCCGUGGGCUCCGGCUCCAUGUACGCCUACGGCGUGAUGGACAGCGGGCUGCAGCACGACCUGACCGUGGAGGAGGCCUGCGAGCUGGGCCGCCGCGCCAUCUACCAGGCCACGUACCGCGACGCGUACAGCGGAGGGCAGGUCAACCUGUACCACGUGCACGGCGAGGGCUGGACCAGGGUCUCCCAGGAAGACGUGCUCAUGCUGCACCAGCAGUACCGAGAGCAGGAAUAGUCUCGAGUGGGAACGAAGGAGCAGGGUUGUUUUUUUGUUAGUUUUUUUUCUUAAUAUCCAGUAUGAUGUUCUGAAACGUCAUUACGGUUGACACAAAAUAAAAAGGACUCGCCUGCAUAUUGACUGCCAGUUGCAUCACUUCUGUUACUUGUUACUAGCUUGAAGCUUUAUAUUGUAGAUUUUGAACAAUAGCAGCAAGCUCCACUCACCUUGCACAGAGUAUGGUUUGAGGGGCGAGAGAAGAGGGGGGCGAUGACUCGAACGUGCUUUAAUACUGUGUGGGAGAUGUGGUGGUGCUUGCCCUACAUACAUUUCAUUCAGAUCAUACCCCUGGAAACUACAACCAAUCCCUCAAUAAAACCUUUUGAUCUUU